GUUUUUCUGUUUACAUUACAGUCAAUAAACUAAGCCGACUAGACCCAGCUGCUAUCGCAUUGGUGCCUAUGGGGAGAGCCACCCCGUUAAGUAGACCGGGUAAACGGCCUCAAUAGGACAUCUUUAUUUAUCCACCAUCUUUGAGAUAGCGCUGUUCAGCUUCCAUAGGCGGCGGUAGACCGAACCAUACUCCGGUUUUUGUUGUGAGACGCGGAAGAUAGCGGAGUCAUGGGCAAGCUUCAGGAAUUCGAUAUUACUUUUACCAACAACAAAGUGGUCUACAGCCCUGGCGAAUCCAUAAGUGGAACUGUGAAAAUUACAAGUGGUACCUCACUGCAAUAUAAGGCCAUUAAGGUGAACUGCCUGGGAUCAUGUGGGGUCUCCAACAAAAUGAACGACACGUCGUGGACACUGGAAGAGCAAUACUUCAGCAGCACACUAUCUGUAGCUGACAAAGGUACCUUGGCAGCUGGCGAGCACAGUUUCCCUUUCCAAUUUCUCAUUCCAGUGGCUGCCCCAACCUCCUUUGAAGGGCCCUUUGGGAAGAUUGUUUACCGUGUCAGAGCAGUCAUAGAUACACCUCGCUUCUCCAAGGACUACAAGUCCCAGAAGCCCUUCUACCUACUCAACCUGCUCAACCUCAAUCAAGUGCCCGACAUUGAGCAACCCAGUUAUGCUGUGACCACUAAGAAGUUCAGCUACCUCCUGGUGAAGACGGGCACCUUAAUGCUGAAGGCUUGCAGUGACCAGAGGGGAUACACACCAGGCCAGAUCAUCAGACUAGCCACUGAGAUCCACAACAAGUCAGGCAAGGACACGGGCUGCGUGCUGGCCAGCCUCAUACAGAAAGUGACUUAUAAGACCAAACGAGCUUUGUACGACCUGCGGACCAUAGCAGAGGUAGAGGGGGCGGGAGUGAAGGCGGGGAAACAUGCUGAGUGGCGAGAGCAGAUCAUUGUACCGCCCCUCCCCCAGUCUGCCCUGGCCGGCUGCAGCCUCAUAGAGAUCGACUACUUCAUCCAGGUAUCACUAAAAUCCCCAGAGACAGUUGUCACUUUACCCAUCUACAUCGGGAACAUCGCUGUCAACUUGACCCCGUCACGAGCUAUGCCCUCAACCCCAGCCCCAACAUCCAUCAGCCCUAACACCGGCCCGGGAGGGGUUACCCCCAGCGCACCCCCAGCUGAAGAGGACCUGGAGGAGGAGUUGGGUGCAGGGGGUUCAGUCAGCGAGGAGAUCCCCACUAAGAGCCACUCCCAACAGGACCAAUCCGGCCAGCCCCCCACCAUGUCCCCCAGUGCAUUCAGCUACGCUCCCGGUGCAGCUUUCCCACCCAGCCAGCGACGUGCCGACGAAACCUCUGCGCCUCUGUUCUGUGUGUCCACUGGGUCCACCAUCCCUUUCUUCACAGAGGGAAACGCCACCCCAGUACCCACGUCCUGUCCUCUCAUACUCCCCCCUGAGUACAGCACCUGGGACUACCCACAUGAACCCCCUCCCACCUAUGAAGAGAGCUGCAGCAGCAACAACUCCAGCUUUAACAACAGCAGGCCGUAGAGGAGUGGGGACUGAGCAUAAUGCAGCUCACAACUGCAAUUACACUCCCUAAAGGACAAAUAGGGUACUGCAGCCCUAGCUCCAAGUGGACAGGAGACGCUAUCCUCCUAAAUAUUACUCUAAAACAGGGCUCUCCAACCCUGUUCCUGGAGCUACCCUCCUGUAGGUUUUCACUCCGACCCCAGUUGUAACA